CCUAAGAAAAAACGCAGUAAUCGCAAAAAUUGAAAAAUCGAGAUUAUUGCACCAAACGUUUUAACAUCGUUUUCUGUGUAAUAACGCUCUAUAUAAAAAUAUUGUGGUAUAUUCCGAAGUCAUCAAACCCAUAGUUCAUUUUGCCGUAAGUUAAAAAAAUAUAGUGUAAUACUUAGUAAAAACGCAGCAUUAUCGCAAUACAAAUUAAAAAUGCAGUAUUUGCAACGUACGUACUGCAUUUUUUCAUAGUAUCAUUGCUUUACUGCUUUUUAACUUGGCAACACAGACAAAAACGUGGGUUAUCUAUGACGAAUACGGCGUCAUUGCAACUGCAAGCGUCAUCUGAUUAGUGUGUGCGUUGGUUGUUCGUUCGUGUUUUCGUAUUUGGUGUUUCUUUUUUUUCGGUAAAGAUUAUUUUUAUAGUGAAUUAUAUUUAGGACUAUUCAAUUUAUCGUAGAGUGUUAUAAAAAUCAUAAAAUGUUGUGUGAUAUUUGCAACACUUGGAUGUCAAGGACUCAAUAUAUGCUACAUCGUGCUUCAGACAAAUGUAAAUCUUCAUUGUUAGAUGAUUCUAGAACAGUUGUAUCUGAAGUAACUGUUGAUAAAAUGGAAGUCGUAGUGUAUGAGGCAGAAAUUAUGGAGGAUAGAGGAGAUAUUGUUUUAGAUGAGUCUGUCACAACACUUCAACCUUCAAUGGACGAAGAUGUCUUAAAGAGUAGAGUGGAUGUGGUGGAAAAUGGAGAAGAAAUUGUGUUAAAGGAAUCUGUGGAUAAACCAUUGGACGAAGCUGCAUCUCCAUCGGUCCAAUUUACUAAAAAGGGAACUAUACGAAUUCGCAGAAGUAAUUCUUUAAGUGUCAAAGAAAGAAAAGAACGUAAGAUGCAACUAUAUAAAGCAAAGUAUGCACUAAAGCCAAUUGUUGAUUGUUGCAAAAAAAAAUGCAUUAGCAAAAUAAAUGAGGGACGACGUAUUGAAAUUAACGCCCAAUAUUUAAAAUUAGGCUGGAAGGAGAGGAAGACAUUUAUCCUCAAUACAUGUGAUCGCAUGCCUGUAAAGAGGAAAAGUGUUGAAGAUGGUGCACGAAAAAACACCUGGAAAUACUUCUUCAGUAAUAAAGACUCAAUCAAGCAGUCCGUGUGCAAGAAGUUUUUCCUAACAACACUAGGAUACAAACCAAAUAAUGACCGUGCAGUAUUUGAGGUCCUUAACAAAACUCCAACUGCCGCAAUAGCCCCAUUAGCUGAUGGACGUGGCAAACAUGUUUCGGAUAGGAAGUAUAAACAUGACGAUUUAAUAGAUGCGCACAUCGAAUCAUUUGAACCAACUGUAUCUCAUUACAGGAGGAAACAUGCUCCUAUUAGAAGAUAUUUGCCAAGUGAUGUGACCAUCACCAUGAUGCACAAUGAUUUUACACACAAAUACCCAGAACAACAAAUAUCAUACGAAUAUUAUAGGUUAGCUAUAAAGAAAAAAAAUAUUUCAUUUGCAACUUUGGGCCAUGAAGAGUGUGAAUUUUGUGAAAAAUUUUGUUUACACGGUCACGAUGCAGAUAAUUUAAAUAAUGAUUGUGAUGAUUGCCAACAAUAUAUUAAUCACAAGAUAAGAUAUGAAGAAGCAAGAGAAUUAUACAAAAAGGAUGCGGAGCUCAAUGAUGGCAGCAUUUUCUCUGUAGAUUUACAGAAAGUCAUCAUGCUGCCACGUUUGGAUGCAUUUAAAAAAGUUAUAUUUACAAAGAGGAUAGUGGCUUACCACGAGAGUUUCGUUCCUCUUGGGAAGAAAGCACAUGGUGUUCCCAUGGCAUGUAUAUGGCAUGAAGGUGUAACUGGGAGGAACAAGGAGGACAUUGUUAGUACAUUUUAUGCUUUUUUUUUGAGGCAGAGGGACUCGAAAAAGAUUACACUGGCUCGACAAUUGUUCGAGCCAAAAUAA